AUGUAUGCUCUAGCUGCUUGUCGUAAUCAUCUUCGCAGUCUUCCAGCCCCUGUUUUGACCUGGCUUAACCUUUUUGCCAGCUAUCGUCGACUCCUCGGUCACUUGCCCCCACCUCAGGAGAACACACUCUCCCAUCGCUCCGUUGGCUAUUCUACACCUCAUUCUAUGCAACAGAUAGCGCUCGGUCGACAAGAGCUGGAGGCCGUAAUGCUGCAUGUCUGCCGUGUGCAACUCAAUAAAGUAUGA